GGCGCCCGGGCAGAGGGGGGGCAGUAUUGGGAGGGAGACGCAGACUGGGCGAGGGACCCAGGCGCCCGGGCAGAGGGGGGGCAGUAUUGGGAGGGAGAUGCAGACCGGUCGAGGGACCCAGGCGCCUGGGCAGUCGGGGGCAGUAUUGGGAGGGGGAGACAGACCGGGCGAGGGACCCAGGCAGUCGGGGGCAGUAUUGGGAGGGAGACACAGACCGGGUGAGGGACCCAGGUGCCCGGGCAGAGGGGGGGCAGUAUUGGGAGGGAGACACGGCCCGGCGAGGGACCCAGAUCCCCGGGGGGUGGGGAGGCGGUAUUGGGAGGGAGACACGGCCCGGCGAGGGACCCAGGCGCCCGGGCAGAGGGGGGGCAGUAUUGGGAGGGAGACACGGCCCGGCGAGCGACCCAGCUGUCCGGGGAGCACUCACCCCUUCCCCGUCCCCAGCGGCGAGACGGCGUUCAAGGCCAUGACGCAGGCGCUGGGCUGGGCGCGCCGCCCCAUGCUGGAGCGGAUCCACCUGCUCCCACGGGAGCUGCCCAUCACCCUGAUCUAUGGCGCCGAGUCCUGGAUCGACACCAGCACCGGGCGCCGGGUGCGAGAGUUGCGGCCCCACAGCUACGUCCGGCACCUGGCCAUCGCCGGUGCCUCCCACCAUGUCUACGCCGACCAGCCCGCUGCUUUCAAUGCGGCCGUGCAGGAGAUCUGCGACUCCGUGGACUGACGGGCCGACCCCACCCCAACGUGAGGGCACAGACGUGCCCCCCCCCCGGCGGGGCUGGGCCACAGGCUGCGGCCCCCUGUGCCUCCCCAGAGGCCCCCCUGAGCUACUUAGGCUCCUUCGCUGCACCUGAAGCCCCCGGUCCCCGAGGUGGAGAUGCAUCAAGAUUGUGCUGAUUGAGGGUUUUAUUCCUCUGUCUCCUGGGCUGAUUCAUUUCCCCUUCCCCUUUGCUUCUCACUCUCCUGGGCUGUCCCCUCCCCUGUGGGGGUAUUGGGAGGGAAGGGAGACACGGCCUGGCGAGGGACCCAGACGCCCAGGGGAAGAGGGGGACACGGGGGGCCUUUCCCCUCUAGGGUGCUAGAUGUGAUCCAGCCCUGGGGAGGGGGAGAGGGAAAAGAGCCCCCCCCCAUCCACAUCUCCCUCUGCUCUGUGACCCUCCUGAUGUGCCUUAGGCUCCUGCAGCCACCUCUGGGGCACGAGGACCCUGUGGUCGUGUGUGUGCGACGCACAGUUUUGAAUGCACAUGGCUGGCAAGCUGCCAGGAGUCCUUUGCCCGUGUUGAGCCCCCGUCAGACCCCCAGCCUGUGUGGGACUGAACAGCGCAGCUGGCCAGCGGCCCUGUCCCAGCUCUGCCCUGGGGCUCGGGUUGGGCGGGGAGAGGCCUCGAUGCUGAAGCCCAAGGGAUGGUCCCCCGCUGGGGGCCGGCUGGGACCGUCUAACAGUGCCAUGUUCCGAACCCGUCGGCCCCCCGCGGCCGCGCCGUGAGCUUUGUACGGGAACCUCCGGUUUGUGCCAAGUUUCUACCUUAAUAAACAACAACACUGGAAAA